CGUUUCCGGCGCCCCGCCUCCUGUCUCUCCCCGUGUCCGCAGCCGCAGGGACGGUUUAAUCAUGGCCGCUUCCAAACCUGUGGAGCCACAAGGCGGGCCUGGGAUCCCUCACUGGAAAGUGGCCCUGGCAGUGGGGGCCCCUCUGCUGCUGGGAGCCGGCGCUCUGUAUCUGUGGAGCCGGCGCAGCAAGUCCAAGAGAGACGGUCAGAGGAGGACACCCGAGGGCAGGGCCAGCCCGGUGCCAAACAAGAGCAGCCCCAGCCAGGAGCCAGAGCCCCCGCAGGAGCUGAGUCCCCUGGAAAGAGCACAAGCUGCAAAGAACAAGGGUAACAAAUAUUUUAAAGCGGGGAAAUACGAUCAAGCCAUCCAGUGUUACACAGAGGCCAUUAGCCUUUGCCCUUCUGAGAAGAAAGUGGAUUUGUCGACUUUCUAUCAGAACAGAGCAGCAGCUUAUGAACAGCAACAAACAUGGAAGGAAGUAGUACAAGAUUGCACUAAAGCCGUGGAACUUAAUCCCAGAUAUGUUAAAGCUCUUUUUCGACGAGCAAAAGCCCAUGAAAGGCUUGACAACAAAAAAGAAUGCUUGGAAGAUGUCACAGCUGUGUGCAUUUUGGAGGGUUUCCAGAACCAGCACAGCAUGCUCCUUGCAGAUAAAGUUCUUAAGCUACUUGGAAAAGAAAAGGCCAAAGAGAAAUACAAGAACAGGGAGCCCCUGAUGCCUUCGCCUCAGUUCAUCAAAUCCUAUUUCAGCUCCUUCACCGAUGACAUAAUCUCUCAACCCCUGCAGAAAGGAGAAAAGUCUGAUGAAGAUAAGGACAAGGAGGGAGAGGCAUCUGUGGUCAAAGAGAAAUCUGGUUAUUUAAAAGCAAAACAAUACAUGGAAGAAGAGAACUAUGACAAAAUCAUUAGUGAAUGCACCAAAGAGGUGGAGGCAAGAGGGAAAUACAUUGCUGAAGCUUUACUACUGAGAGCCACUUUCUACUUGCUUAUCGGGAACGCAUCGGCUGCUAAACCAGAUUUAGAUCAGGUUGUCAGCAUGGAAGAGUGCAACGUUAAGCUUCGUGCAAAUGCCCUUAUCAAACGAGGCAGCAUGUACAUGCAGCAACAACAACCUAUGUUGUCCACUCAAGAUUUCAACAUGGCAGCGGACAUCGACCCACAGAAUGCAGAUGUUUAUCAUCACAGAGGGCAGCUGAAAAUCCUUUUAGACCAGGUGGAAGAAGCAGUUUCAGACUUCGAUGAAUGCAUUAGACUUCGACCGGAUUCUGCCCUAGCUCAAGCACAGAAAUGCUUUGCAUUAUAUCGUAAAGCAUACACUGGUAGUAACCCCAUACAGAUUAAAGCAGCAAUGAAAGGCUUUGAAGACGUAAUUAAGCUGUUUCCAAAGUGUGCUGAAGGCUAUGCCCUCUAUGCUCAGGCCCUAACAGAUCAACAGCAGUUUGGAAAAGCUGAUGAAAUGUAUGAUAAGUGCAUUGACCUUGAGCCUGACAAUGCUACAACAUAUGUUCAUAAAGGUUUACUUCAACUCCAAUGGAAGCAAGAUCUGGAUAAAGGAUUAGAGCUCAUCAGUAAAGCCAUUGAAAUAGACAACAAAUGUGAUUUUGCCUAUGAAACAAUGGGAACAAUUGAAGUUCAGCGGGGAAAUCUGGACAAAGCAAUUGACAUGUUUAACAAAGCCAUUAAUCUGGCCAAGUCUGAAAUGGAAAUGGCCCAUCUUUACUCACUAUGUGAUGCUGCUUACGCUCAAACAGAAGUUGCAAACAAAUACGGAUUGAAGCCUCCGACACUGUAAAUGGACUAUCGUCAGAAAAGCAAUAAGGAAGCAGAAACUUGUGGCCCCUCUGAGGACCAUGCAUUUACAUCAUGGAGAGCAAUGCAUCCUGGGAAUCUAAUGAUGGAACAUUGUUUUUCUGCUUGUAGUGUUGUCAUUCAUUCCUUCUGUUAGAUGUAUGUGAUAUUGUGGGAGUAGGUAUAAGGAAUGCUCUACCAUGUUUCCCAUUUGCAGCUGAUGUUGGCAAAUAUAAGGGAUAAUAAAAGCUAUUCUUGUGAGAACAGAAGGGCCAGGUUGGCCAAGCAAAUAAAACUGCUGAAUUUG